CACACGCAGGUACUGUACUACACACACCCCGCAGCGGUCCAAGCCCUCCGCACCUCCGCUGCAACCUAAUACGUACAUAGAAUGGUAAGCUGUAACCCAUAUAACCCACAUACUAGCCUACUAGCUGCUACAACUACUGCUACUCGCUACACGCUACAAGCCUCUAUACUACGCAAGCCUACAAACCUACAAGCCUAAAACUACAUUCUACAUAGCCUACCCACCUACAUCUCUACAAAACCAAAAUGCCCGAACAAACCAUAACCCUCCACACCUACUUCCGCUCCUCCUGCUCCGCGCGCCUCCGCAUCGCCCUCAACCUAAAAUCUAUCCCCUACACCUCCAUCCCCAUCAACCUACUCAAAAACGAGCAUCACAGUAACCAAAACACAUCCCUAAACCCCUCCGCCAGCGUUCCAACCCUCAUCAUCGAGAACCCCGAACACACAAAUGAUGGAAAGACAAUCAUAAUCCCCCAGUCCCUCGCGGCGCUGGAAUACCUCGAAGAAACCCACCCAACAGCACCACCCCUCCUCCCAGCCACUUCCGAUCCCACGGCGCGCGCAACAGUUCGCACCCUAGCCAACAUCAUCGCCUGCGACGUGCAGCCGGUCACGAACAUGCGGAUCUUGAAGCGGGUGGCGCCGCUCGGCGUGGACAGGGAGACAUGGUCGAAAGAGUUCGUAGAGGAUGGGUUCCGGGCGUACGAAGCAAUUGCGGAGAAAACGGCGGGGAGGUAUAGUGUUGGGGAUGAGAUUACCUUGGCGGAUGUGUGUCUUUUGCCUGCUGUUUGGGGGGCGGAGAGAGUGGGUGUGGAUUUGGGGAACUUUCCGGUUAUUAAGGGGGUGAGGGAGAGGUUGGAGGAGGUGGAGGCUGUUAGGAGGGCGCAUUGGAGGUGUCAGGAUGAUACGCCGGAGGAGUUUAGGGUUGGUGAUAAGCAGUGAGAUAGGGAAAGGUUUUGGUUUGGAGGGGUGGGCUAGAUAAGUGUGUUUUGGGAUUGAAGUGGUGGGUUUCAUAGUUUUUCUUUUUCUUUUUCUCAUUCUAUCUAGGUUUGGACUGACUUUAAGUAUAAGUUCGGGUUUGGUGGGUCUGGAUCUGGAUGUUACGUCUACAGUUUGAAUUGGCUCCGUGGCUCCGCGGACUAUUAGGGGGAAAGGGUCUGGACCAGGAUUUUCUCUUUUGAAUGUAACUUUGUCAUUGUUGGGUUCACAUUCACAUCAUGUCAAUAUCGAGGAAUAUAAUAGGCAAUGGGAUUCAUGACGUGCGAUCGUGCGAAAAGG